AUGUGCCACACCAGCUGCUCCUCAGGCUGCCAGCCCUCCUGCUGCGUGUCCAGCCCCUGCCAGCCCUCCUGCUGCGUGUCCAGCCCCUGCCAGCCCUCCUGCUGCGUGUCCAGCCCCUGCCAGCCAUCCUGCUGCAGGCCUGCCAUCUGCAUUCCUGUGAGAUACCAGGCCACCUGCUAUGUGCCCAUGAGCUGCAGACCCACUGUGUGCAUGACUCCCUCCUGCCAGUCCUCUGUGUGUGUGCCCGUGAGCUGCCGGCCUGUCUGUGUGACCUCCUCCUGCCAGUCAUCCGGGUGCUGCCAGCCCUCCUGCCCCACCCUGGUCUGCAGACCUGUCACCUGUAGCACCCCCUCCUGCUGCUGA